CACAAGCGUCGGGGUCCGGGCGCGGCCCCGGAUGCCCGGCGUGCGUCUCUCUCGGGCUGCGUCUGCCGUGCGCUGGGCUGUGUUUUGAAUCCUUUUUUUGCUUGCAGCCUGCCAUCCUGUUCCUUGUCUGGGUCACCUUUCCCUUCCCGUCAUUCGACUUCCUCUGUUCCUGUCUCUGCAGACUGCAGUGGGCUGCGACCGGGCCUAGUUUAGAAGUUAGUCCGGGGCUGGUACCCAGGGCCUGCUCGGACCCCGGCUGCCUCGUUUGCAUGACAUCCUGGUGUCGCUGGGCUAUACGGCCCUGCCUUGUCCCCCCCCUCAUUUACCCCAGCGCGCUCCCCCCUGGAAGGGCAGAUGCCUUCCCUGCACCCUGAAUGGAGCCGGCAGUCCUCGGGCCGCUUCCCCUGGUCCUGUGGAGGAAUCUCGGUGCAGAUGGGUGCUCCCUGGCCGGGGUCUCUGGGGCUUUGUGGCAGCCCUCUUGCAAUCUGCUUGGGGAUGUGGCAGCACGCAGGGUAUCGGCAUUGAGGGACCCCCUCCCCACUCCGACCUCUCUCAAAACAGAGGUGCCGUGCAGAAAACACUCCACUUAUUCUUCUCCGCCAAGUGUUUAUUCUCCUCUCUCUCACAUCCUUUGGUGUGAAAAGACACAGGAUAGAAAGCAGCUAUCUGAAUGUGUUUUGUGUGCUCGGGUUGACUUAUUCUUAUUGCCCGCGUGCUUUCUCUGUUGUUCAGCUCUGCUCGGCGGAUUUGAUCAUCGACUUGCUUUGGGAUUUCUAAAUUCUACCACGCGGGAGCUGAUUCGGGGCGUUUAGCAAAAAAAUCGAGGCUGGGGAGAGAUGGUCAUGUCUGAGCGCACUGUGUGCUCUUCGGUGGCCUGGUCCAUUCACGGCCUGGGUCUGCAAACACUUUCCAGCGGGGGUUAUGCUCCCCAUUGCAGUGGUCCCAUUCAGUAGAAGUGUGGGGCCGCUGGAGAUGGUUGCACCUCCGUGUGAAGCAACCUCUGGGAUGGAGGAUGUCAACAGACCAGCACAUGUCCACAGAGGAAUGAGAGACCAGCCAGUAAAAAGCACCCUCACCUGCCCAGCCCCAUUGCAGCCUGGUAAGCUCUGGUGCCGGGCGUCCGGCUGGCGUGUGUAUGUGUGUGUGUAUCUGUUUGUCACUCUCACUGUGCUUACGCCAUGGACCCCGCAUCGCUUCUCCCCCCGCUCAUCCCUUCCAUACUCACAGACCUCGGUGGCUCCAUGUCGUGGCACGGGGGGUGCCCGAUGCUGUCCCCAGGCCUGGGCCGGGGUACUCCUGGUGCCCAGCCUUGCUCCGAGCCUGUGCUCGCUUUCAGUCUACCUCAGGCUGGUGCUGCGGUUUGCCACUUCCUGUGUGAGGUUGAGUAGCCUGUCUUCUCUGGGAGAUUCGGCUCCAGAACGCAGGUCUCCCGGCCAUCACCGCCAGCCGUCCGACUCCACCGAAACAACAGGCUUGGUCCAGCGCUGUGUCAUCAUCCAGAAGGACGAGCAUGGCUUCGGCUUCACAGUCAGCGGGGACCGGAUUGUCCUGGUGCAGAGUGUGCGGCCAGGAGGAGCAGCCAUGAGGGCGGGUGUGCAGGAAGGGGACCGCAUUGUCAAGGUGAACGGCACAAUGGUAACAAACAGCUCGCAUCUCGAAGUGGUGAAGCUCAUCAAAUCUGGCGCCUACGUCGCACUGACCCUCCUAGGCUCCCCUCCCUCCUCAGUGGGACUCUCCAACUCCCAGCAAGACACCAGCUCAUCAGGGGCUCCCCGGGUCAUGCCCACACACCCCCCACCGCCUCCCCCGCCGCCGCCGUUACCUCCGCCCCAGCGCAUCACUGGACCCAAGCCACUGCAGGACCCAGAGGUCCAGAAGCACGCAACCCAGAUCCUCCGGAACAUGCUGCGACAGGAGGAGGCUGAGUUACAGCGCUUCUGCGAGGUGUACAGCCGGCGCCCAGCCACCGGGCUGGAGGGUCAGAUCGAGGGCGCCCGCCGCCGGGUCAGCCAGCUGCAGCUCAAGAUCCUCCAGGAGACUGGCAGCUUGGUGGGCGGGAACGAUGGGAUGACCCAGUGCGUCCUCUCGCUGCAGGACUGUGUACGGCUGAGCAGUGACCCAGGCUCCGCGGGGCUCCAGGUCACAGAAGGCCGCCUCUCCCUGGACUCUCAGGAUGGCGACAGUGGCUUGGACUCCGGCACGGAGCGGUUCCCCUCGGUGAGCGAGAUCUCCCUGAACCGCAACUCAGUCCUGUCCGACCCCGGCCUCGACAGCCCGCGCACGUCUCCCAUCAUCACCUCCAAGAUGUUCCAGCACCACCGCCGCCAGGGCUCAGAUACGCCCUUCGCGCCCUCCACAGAGCAGGGCUCAGACCGGACACUGCGGCCUCUCAUCAUUGGCCCUGAGGAGGAUUAUGACCCGGGCUAUUUCAACAAUGAGUGUGACAGCCUCUUUCAGGACCUGGGGAAGCUGAAAUCCCGGCCGGCUCACUUGGGGGUUUUCCUGCGGUACAUCUUCUCCCAGGCGGAUCCCAGCCCCCUGCUCUUCUACUUGUGCGCCGACGUCUGCCAGAAGAUGAACCUCAAGGAGUCCCGCACACUGGGCAAAGAUAUCUGGAACAUCUUCUUGGAGAAGAACGCGGCACUGAGGGUGAAGGUGGCCGAUUCGCUGUUGCUGGAAAUAGAGUCUCGCCUGCGAAACGGGGAGGACAUCAGGAGCGCCCUGUCCGAAGCCCAAGACACGGUGAUGCCUGAGAUCCAAGAGCAGAUCCAGGACUACAGGACAAAGCGCACCAUGGGGCUGGGGAGCCUGUACGGCGAGAACGACCUGAUGGACCUGGACGGGGACCCCCAGAGGGAGCGGCAGGUGGCAGAGAAACAGAUCACCCAGCUGGGUGACAUCCUGUCGAAGUACGAGGAUGAUAGGAGUUCCCCCAUGGCCUUUGCCCUCCGCACCUACGUGACCCACGCAGGCAUCCGUGGGUCAGAACCUCGUCCUGCCAGCACCAGUGAGAAGUCCCAGGCCCUCCCAGACAAGGACAAGUGGCUGCCCUUCUUCCCCAAGACAAAGAAGAGCAGUGGCACGAAGAAGGACAAGGACACGAUGGAGGACAAGAAGCGCAACCCCAUCCUCAAGUACAUUGGGAAGCCCAAGAGCUCCUCCCAGAGCACAUUUCAUGUCCCCUUGUCCCCUGUUGAAGUCAAACCCGGCAAUGUGAGGAACAUCAUCCAGCACUUUGAGAACAACCAGCAUUACGAGUCACAGGAGCCCGGCACGCAGCGCCUCUCCACUGGCAGCUUCCCCGAGGACCUGCUGGAAACCGACAGCUCUAGGUUGGAAGUGAAGCUGGGCCGCUCGGAGAGCCUGAAGGGCCGGGAGGAGAUGAAGAAAUCACGCAAGGCUGAGAAUGUGCCUCGUUCCCGGAGCGACGUGGACAUGGACGCGGCGGCAGAGGCAACACGGCUACAUCAGUCAGCCUCAUCUUCCGCCUCCAGCUUGUCGACGAGAUCACUGGAAAACCCCACACCUACCUGACCAGGGGCUGACCCCCUCUGCCGUCCUCCCAGGAGUAUCGAGUCCCCCAACCUGGGCUUUGGCACGGACUCCUUCCUGCCCCACCUCCUCGAGGAUGAUCUGGGCCAGCUCUCAGACCUGGAGCCCGAGCCGGACACACAGAACUGGCAGCAUACGAUGGGGCGGGAGGUCACAGCCUACCUGACACAGAAAGAGAUCGACCGGCAGGAGGUGAUCAAUGAGCUCUUUGCCACAGAGGCGUCUCACCUGCGCAUCCUCCGGGUCCUGGAUGUCCUCUUCUACCAGCGGCUGAAGAAGGAGAGCCUGUUGUCACGGGAGGAGCUGGCACUGCUCUUCCCCAACCUCCCAGACCUCAUCGAAAUCCACAAUUCGCUCUGUGAGUCCAUGAAGAAGCUGCGGGAAGAAGGACCAAUCAUCAAAGAGAUCGGGGACCUCAUGCUGUCCCGGUUCGAUGGGCCAGCACGCGAGGAAAUCCAGCAGGUCGCAGCCGACUUCUGCGCCUACCAGUCCAUCGCCCUGGAGCUUAUCAAAACCAAGCAGCGCAAGGAGACCCGCUUCCAGAUCUUCAUGCAGGAAGCCGAGAGCAACCCACAGUGCCGCCGGCUGCAGCUCAAGGACCUGAUCAUCUCUGAGAUGCAGCGUCUGACCAAGUACCCGCUGCUGUUGGAGAAUGUCCUCAAGCACACGGAGGGCGGGACCCCAGAGCACGAGAAGCUGAGCCGUGCCCGGGACCAGUGCCGGGAGAUCUUGCGACACGUGAACGAGGCGGUGAAGCGGGCAGAGAACCGGCAUCGGCUGGAGGCCUACCAGAAGCGCCUGGAUGCCACCUCGCUGGAACGCACCAGCAACCCGCUGGCAGCCGAGUUCAAGAACCUGGACCUCACGUCCCGCCGCAUGAUCCACGAGGGGCCCCUGAGCUGGCGUGUCAGCAAGGACAAGACCGUGGAUCUGCAUGUGCUGCUGCUCGAAGACCUCUUGGUGCUUUUGCAGAAGCAGGACGAGAAGCUGGUGCUGAAGUGUCACAGCAAGACGGCACUGGGCUCCGCCGACACCAAGCAAACCUUCAGCCCCGUCCUCAAGCUCAAUUCGGUGCUCAUCCGCUCCGUGGCCACAGAUAAGCGAGCCCUCUUCAUCAUCUGCACCUCGGAGCUGGGGCCCCAGAUCUACGAGCUGGUGGCACUGACGUCCUCGGAGAAGAACGCGUGGAUGGAGCUGCUGGAGGAGGCUGUGCAGAGUGCCAUGAGGAAUGCCACCUUCCCCCCCAAGCCCCGGGCGCAGGAGCCCACACACAGGCCAACGCCAUCCAGCCUGGUGCUGCAGGACGCCGAGGGCUCCCCGCUGCUGGCACAAUGCAGCAGCUCAGGAGCGGAGAUGGAAGAGGUCUCUUCAGCAGACAACAACCCCGGCGACUUCCUGGGCAAAGAGAAGCCCCUGGUGCAGCAGGAGGAGCCCGAGGCAGAGGGCAGUGAGGGCAGGGCAGGCGAGGAAGAGGAGGAACUGCCUGCAGUUCCUGUGCCUGCCCUGCCCCCCGUGGAGCCGGACGAUGUUCACCCGCAGCGGCCAGAGCCAGAUAUGCACCUUGCCCUGCCAGAGCCGGCACUUGGGAAGGGGCUGGCCGAGUCGGCCCUGGCGGAUGUGGAGAACCUGCGGCACCUGCUGCUGCGCAGCCUCCUACCCUGCCGGGACCUGGAGCCUGAGGACGACCUGACGCCCACACCCUCGGUCAUCGGGGGCACUGUCCAGCCCUGGGAUACAGCACUACCUGGCCAGGACCCUCCAGUGGAGCCCACAGGACAGGAGGGCAAGAUUUGCCCAGCGAGUGGUGAGACAGGACCUGAGCCCGGAGACUGGCUGGACGGAGGGGCCACGGAGGACACGUGCCCAGCGGGGCUGCAGGAGGCAGAGAUGUCCCCAGGUGCCGAGGGGCAGAGCGGGCUCAAGGUGGUGCGCAAAGCUGAGGUGGAGGGCACUAACCCAGCCAUGCUCCUGCCAGGCGGCAACCAAUCAGAAACUGCAUUGCAGGAAGGAGGAGGAGCUAAUGUAGAUGGCAACUACUUCUACGUCAGCAUGCCGGCUGAGUCCUCCACAGAGCCCGAGCACCCCACGCCGCCCAUCAGCCCCUCGGCACCGCCCAUCAGCCCCUCGGCACCCCCCUGCACCCACUCCCCAGCCUCCAGGAGGAAGGAGACAGGGCCCUGUCCCGGCAGCCUGGAGGGGCCCCCAGAGCCACCCGCGCCCGGCCUGGCUAUCCGGGACGUGGACCUGAUCUUCCAGGUCAUCGAGCAGCUCACACUGAAGCUGGGGCAGCUGAAGGACGUGGAGGCAGCCCACCAGGAGCUGUUGCAGUCGCUGGGGCAGGGUUCAUCAGCUGACGCCACACCCGUGGGGGCUGCUGCACCGGAGGUGGACACAUGGCCAGAGUGUCCCCCCAGCCCUGUAGGGAGGAGCCCACCAGCCAGCGAGCCAGGCUGCGAGGACCCUCGGUGAGACCCCCUUGAGCGGGACGCUCAGGAGCUGGAGCUGCCCCCACCCCCCGGGGGCUAUGCGGCGGCAGGGGGAGCCAGAGCGGGGAGCUCAGAGAACUGGAACCGGGGGUCAGGGGCGCCUCCCUGCCCCCCUCUCCCCCGCAUGCUGCCCACCGCCCCCCUCCCAGACUGUCUGUGCCCCCCUCUGCCGCAUCUUGGGACUGCGGCCACUGCCGGGGCAGGUUGGGGGCAGCCUGGAAAUGCACUUUGUUCUUGUCCCCGUGCUGAGGCCCCAUGGCGUCCGGCCCCUACCCCCCGCUGUUGGAUAUAAAUAUGUAUGUAUGUAUGUAUGUGCAUUGGGUUCUUGUAAAUAGCACCAUGCCCCCCCACCAAGGCCGGCACCGUUGCCCCCUCCCCGUCUGGGCACCGCGCGGCCGCAACACCCACCACUAGAUGUGCCCGGAACCGCAGCGCAGGCAGAUGCUGCCCCCUUCCCCAUCCUUUGCCCUGUGUUGGGGGGUAGCAGAGCCCUGUGCACCCCCUGAACAACCCGGGGUGAGGGUUGGCCCUGCUGCCCCUGCCAGGCCCUGGGUCAGGGGAUGCAGAGCUGGCGGGAAGUGCCCUGUGCCCUCCACAUUGCCAUCAGCUUCUGCAUGGUCUUGCUGUGCUCCCUCCCCCUGUUUGCGGUGCGGGGGCCGGCGCAGGGUGUAUAAUCUGUUGGAUUUUCCUCCUUUCGAUGGU